CGGUGCAUGCUAAUGUCAUGAAAUUGAUUUCAAGAGCCAUACUCAAAAAAAACGCAGACAAAACAAACUUCGUUAAAUUCAUUUAUCAGCCUUUUCAUAGUACGCGUUGUUUCUCCGCAAUCGAUCCCAUCGCCAUUUCAAAUACAUACGCUCAUACACUCCCUAGUCCUUGUAUUUCGUGUCUUUUGGAUUCCUUCCCUAGUCAAAAUGGCGGCUAGAGUGCUUACCGUUGCGCAGGACGGCUCCGGUAACUUCUCCACUGUACAGCAAGCAAUAGACGCCGUGCCCCUCGGCAAUACUUGCAGGACGGUUAUACGUGUGGCGCCUGGGGUGUACAGGCAGCCGGUGUAUGUGCCUAAGACUAAGAACUUCAUUACCCUCGUGGGUUUAAUUCCAGAGAAUACUGUUCUCACAUGGAACAAUACCGCAACCAAAAUCGAACACCAUCAGGCUUCUAGGGUGAUUGGGACGGGUACGUUUGGAUGUGGGAGUGUGAUAGUGGAAGGGGAAGAUUUUAUUGCUGAGAACAUCACUUUUGAGAACAAUGCUCCUGAGGGUUCAGGUCAAGCUGUGGCAAUCAGGGUGACGGCUGAUCGGUGCGCCUUCUACAAUUGUAGGUUCCUAGGGUGGCAGGACACCGUGUACCUUCACCAUGGAAAACAGUAUCUCAAAGAUUGCUAUAUUGAAGGAAGUGUGGACUUCAUUUUCGGGAACAGUACUGCUCUCUUGGAGCACUGUCAUAUCCACUGCAAGGCAGCAGGUUUUGUAACUGCACAAAGCAGAAAGACUUCUCAGGAGUCAACUGGUUAUGUCUUCUUGAGAUGUGUGAUCACGGGUAAUGGAGGGACUUCAUAUGCAUAUCUUGGACGUCCAUGGGGACCCUUUGGAAGGGUGGUCUUUGCAUAUACAUACAUGGAUCAAUGUAUCAAAAAUGUGGGCUGGCAUAACUGGGGCAAAGCUGAAAACGAGAGAAGCGCUUGCUUUUAUGAGUACAGGUGCUUUGGACCAGGUUGUUGCCCAUCAAAACGAGUUACAUGGGCCAGGGAACUGGUAGAUGAAGAAGCAGAAGAGUUUAUGAGGCAUGGUUUCAUUGACCCUAAUCCAGAAAGGCAAUGGCUUGCUCAAAAAAUAGGCCAUAAAAUACCACAUUCUGCAUAGAAUUUUACCAGUUAGAGCUUAUAAAUUAUCCAAUGAGCGUGUACAAUCUCAGACACAAGCUUCCAACUGGAGAAUUGAGGUCAUUAGAAUUUCUUUUAAGCAACAAAUAUGGCGUAGUACCACUGUCCCAGCUUAUGUACUAUAAUAACAGUGUCAGGUUCUUCACCCUGGCUUUCUUAUAAAUGUUAUCCUUCGUUGGAAAAAAAAAUGUUAUCCUUCGAGUGAGUGUGAGAGAUUAAAUAAAUUUUUAUUUGCUACUCUA